AUGGAUGUGACCGCACGACUCUCUAUCGAUGGACGAAAUCGAGGCAGCGAGUGCCCCUCCCCGGACACAGAGGGGCCCAAAGUAAAAUUUCCAGUCUUUGAAAAACAGCUGCUCGUGGUGUCUACUCACAACCCAAAGAACGCGUAUUAUGAUAAGCGCAUUAUGCUUCAAUGGGUAAAAGAUGUAUGGACGCCAUCGGUGACGUUUUGCCGUCUACUUCUACUUGACAGCCUAAAAGUCUACAAGAUGGGAAUCGUACGAGAACAGCUCCAGCAAGCAAAAUCCGACUGGAGUUCAUCCGAGCAGGUGCUACUGGACUAG